AGUUGAUGCCAUUGUUUUGUGACGUGUGGCGUCUCCAAGCAGCACCAGGCCAGCCAUGGGCCCUAAUUUCCGUACUUGUGCUGUAGCCAUUACCAUUUUCCCUCGCAGAGACUAAGCAUAGUCAUCAUCAUCCGAAAUUCCGAAUAGAAAGAGAGAAAGCGUGCACGGCAAACCAUUAACCUUGCCAUGGAAGGUGCGGCGGCAGCGCCGUCUGCUGUCGGAAAGGACCAGGGAUGGCAAGGCGGCGACUCAAUUCAAGCUUCAGGUCCCGCAGGUUAUCCUCCGCCUUCGGAUCCUUCGUCGACCAAUGUCGGCGGCGAUACAGUCGACGAAGAUGAGGACGUAUGUAGGAUAUGCCGUAACCCGAGUGAGCUGGGUAACCCGCUCCAAUACCCCUGUGCUUGCCGUGGCACCAUCAAGUACGUCCACCAGGAAUGCCUUCUUCAGUGGCUCAACCGCCGGAAAAUUUCCCGUUGCGAGGUUUGCAAGCAUGCAUUUUCAUUUGCCCCUAUAUACGCUGAGAAUGCUCCGGCUAGGCUUUCGCCUCAGGAGUUUGUUCUUGGGAUUGCUGUAAAAGUAUUCCGUCUGUUAGGACUUUUGCAGCGUUUUGUUUAUUUAUGCUUCGUUUGGCUUCUCGUCGUUCCUUUUGUUACACAUUGGAUUUGGGAGUUGUCUUUCAUAAAGAGUUUUGGUGAAGCCCAGAGUGUAUUUCUGAGUCAUCUUAAUGCCUCAGUUAUCUUCGCGGAUUGCGUGCAUGGUUUUGUUCUCUCACUUGGGAUAGCAUAUAUAUUUCUUGGCGUCACUUUCAUGAAGUUUAUUCUUUUGCAAGAGCCAGGAGCAGCUCAACUUUUGGUUAAUAGGUUUUUUGUUCCAAAUCGAGAUAUGGCAGAUGCCGGUAGAAGAUGGGGAAUCACUAGAGUUCUCCACGGUAUCAAAAGAAACAUAAUAUUCCUUUUAGGCUGGUGGGAGGUGCUGCUAGCCCGUUUUAGUGCUCAUGUUGGCAUUGCAGAAGUGGCACCCUUUGAUGAACUUGUUAACAUGCGGGCUCCCUUUUUUGUUUAUGAUGAAACUGCGUUUAUGGUUAUUGCCAGCAAUGUGGUUUUCAUUGUUGUCAUAGUUCUUUUACCCUUUUCCUUAGGACGAAGUGUUAUUACCCUUCAAUCAUGGCUCUUCUCUUCUGCUACAACACAAAUAUUGUCAUCAAUGAUGCCAAUGACAGAGUCAACUCUUCUGUUAGUGAAUGUUUUAAAGAAUGCAUCGGUUGCCAUCUCAUAUUUUUCAUCAGACAGUUAUGCAGUUGGCAUGCCAAGCUCAGGAGUUACAGAGAUUCUAAAUACAGAGAUAUCGAAAAUGGAAAAGGCUCCAGAUAGUAUUAGUACAUCAAUUUCAGCCAGCUUGUAUGGUGAACAAAAGGAUGGAACAUAUCACCUGACUGAUGAUGCUACUCUUUUCAUUGGAUACAUGGUCACUCUAUUAUUUCUUAUGUUUUACCUUGGGACUGUAACUAUGAUGCGUUAUGCUAGGGGUGAGUCUUUUACCAUGCAGAGGUUUUUUGGUACUGCAUUUAUAUUAGACGCAACCCUGCCCCUGGUCAGAAAUUUUUUUUCACUACUUUGGCUGGUUGUUACCAUGGUGUAUAGCCAUUUUCUGACAAUGGUGAAAGUUACUUUUAUCUUGGGGAUUAAAGUCGGCAUGUUUCCUUUGAUGUGUGGCUGGUGGUUAGAUGUUUGUACCUUGAGAAUGUUUGGGCAGACAAUUGCUGAGAGGGUUAAGUUAAUUGUAGAAAAUCCUGUUGGGAUGUCCUUGGCUUACUGGAUGGCUGGAAAUUGCUAUCUGUUAUAUGUUUUUAUUUAUGUGAGCCGUAUUCAAGAGGUGUUACGUGAUGGAGUAUUGUUCUUUCUUCCAGACAUUGCCGAUCCAAACUACAACUUUCUCAAUAGGAUUAUUGAACGGCCUACUUACAAGCAUAUAUGCUUCUUUCUAUUGAGUGUUGGUGUUCAUGGGAGUCUGAUUGUGAUGCUGGUGUUUUUGCCAACCAAACUAGUUAUUCAAUUUGCACCCUCUGUUUUCCCCCUUACUCUUUUUUACUCAGAUACAACAACUAUUGCUGCUGUGAUUCUGAGGAGGUGCCUUUUUCAUUUUGGCUUUCCGUGUACUGUCCGUUUUUACUAUCCAUCUGCGACAUUUAAAGCCCUUCUGCGCAAAUGGCUUAUUGUUGUUGGCUCAAUACUUGGGCUAAAAAAUUUCUUACUACCUAGACAUGAGGGAAAUGGUGGAAAUGUUGAACCAGCAAGGCGGCAAAGAGUACAUAGUGUAGUUGGACCAGUUGUUGCAAUCCUUGAAGGUUCAAUUGUAGGCACUUGUACAUCUGAUAAUGCUGAUGUUAUCGAAGAGGACAGGGAAGAAGAGGCUGAUUCUGAAUUUGCAUUACGCAUUCUAAUGCUGCUGGUGCUGGGAUGGAUGACUGCACUCAUCUUUAAUUCAUUGAUAAUGGCUGUACCUCUUUUACUUGGACGGACACUCUUUCAAGCUGUUUCUCACCUCCUUACAUCUCAUGGAAUUACGUAUGAUGAUGUAUAUUCUUUCAUUAUCGGAACCUGCAUUAUGCGAGCUGUAAUGAUUGGUGCCAAACAUGCUGUAGAGCAUGUUCAAACCAGAGGAGUGGUGGUUCUUUUGAGCCAAAUCUGGAGGUGGUUUGUAACUGCUUUUAAGAGUUGUGCUCUUGUGCUCUUGUGGGUCGUUCUCAUCCCAAUUUUGAGUGGUCUUCUGGUAGACCUCAUGGUAAUUCUGCCAAUACGAGUACCUUUUGAUGAAAGCUCAGUUUUCACCUUGUUUCAAGAUUGGGUACUUGGUAUCAUCUUCAUUGUCACUUUAAUCGGACUGAGAAUGGUUGAUAGCAUGCAUUUCUCUAUGGAUGGGAGUUGGCUGGUGAAGUUUGAGCGGGUGCUUAAUCAUGGUCUCCCCCAACAACCCACCUUAUGGCUGUUCCUAGAGAUUUUGGUGCCAAUGAUGAUAAGGCUGCUAUUUGCACUUUGUGUUCCUUACAUGUUUGCCAGACUGGUAUUAACCAUGCUUGGAUAUCCCAUUCUAGUCGACUCAGCCAUCCACCGGUUUGUGUUGCCUGGCUGCUUCGCUUUAAGCAUCGUGUGGUUUUGUGCAAAGAUCAUCCGUGCAUGGGUAAUUCACCUGCACAACUCAAUCAGAGAUGAUCGCUACCGUGUAGGUGAGAGGUUGCAAAACUAUGGGGAAGAUGUUAGUAAUAAGCCAAAUGAGGUGGGGAAUGAAGUAGAAUUGCAAUAGUGCUAAUCUUCAUGGUCAUGAGACGGCUAGCUAGACGGUGCCAUCGAAACUGUAAAAUGUGAGUAGUUGGGAACUACUUGAAAAAGGCUUAGAGUUUACUAACUGUUACUCUCACAAAAACCAAAACUGUCAUGUAAAUUAGAAAUAGAAUAGACAGGUUGUACAUAUAUCAAGCCCAAUUGCGGAGCAACACAUCAUGGCGGUAUUUGUUAAUAUAAAAAAAUAGUUUAUGCUUUUGAAA